AUGGAUAGAUUGACUACUUGCACAGUCGUCGGAAUCAUCUUCUCUCUCCUCCAGUGGUUCCUCCUCUCCAAAGUGUCCCUCUCACUUGAUAAACCAGAGUUUAUGGAGUCGUUGAUCGAGGAAGAAGAAGGUGUUAAUGAUCAUACCGUUAUUCAGAACACUGUCUCUAAAGGCUUAAUUAUUGGAAUAUUGUUUGUUUUUUCAUUUCUUCUACCUCUGGUAGCUGCUUACGGAUACAAUAAUUUGGAGAUUACUUCAUGGUGUGGUCAAACACCACACCCGGAAUCAUGCAACUACUUCUUGGCCAAUAAUCAAUAUUAUUCAGGUCCAGUGAUCAAACAAAAACCUGACUUCGUUAAGGCCUUAUUAAAAGUGACCCUAGAGAGGGCGCAACACGCUGAGUCGAAUACUCGUGGGCUUGGACCAAGAUGCCGUAACAAGCUUGAAAAGGCUGCAUGGGAUGACUGCAUUGAGCUUUAUGAACACACAGUUGAAAGGCUCAACAUGACUGUUGAUCCUCGCAAGCCGUGUAACCAAUACGAGAUGCAAACCUGGCUCAGCACGGCUCUCACAAAUCUAGAGACGUGUAGAGCUGGGUUCCAAGAGCUUGGUGUUGAUGGCUACAUGUUGCCGCUAAUGAACAAUAACGUAUCUUCUUUGAUUAGCAAUACGUUGGCCAUGAAUAAAGAAGGAGGAUCUCCACCCGAUAAUUACCAAAAAGGGGGGUUCCCAACUUGGGUGAAACCAGGAGAUCGCAAGCUGUUACAAUCUUCAAAACCUGCAUCUCAGGCUAAUGUUGUGGUGGCUCAAGAUGGUUCGGGUAAUUACAAGACAAUAGGAGACGCUAUCGCGGCUGCUGCAAAAAGGUCUGGUAGUGGUAGGUAUGUGAUAUACGUGAAGGCAGGUACUUACAAGGAGAAUAUUGAAAUCGGUACAAAGUUGAAGAACAUAAUGCUAUUAGGAGAUGGUAUUGGAAAAACCAUCAUAACCGGUAGCAAAAGUGUUGGAGGAGGUGCUACCACUUUCAAUUCAGCCACUCUAAUUGUCGUGGGAGACGGAUUUAUCGGUCGUGGCAUCACCGUUAGAAACACCGCAGGGCCACAAAACCACCAGGCGGUGGCGCUUCGGAGUGGUUCCGAUCUCUCAGUUUUCUACCAAUGCAGCUUCGAAGGCUACCAAGACACACUUUAUGUUCACUCCGACAGACAAUUUUAUAGAGAAUGUGACAUAUACGGGACAGUUGAUUUUAUUUUUGGCAAUGCGGCUGUGGUCUUUCAAAAUUGCAACAUUUACGUCCGUAACCCGCCUAACAAGACAAACACUGUGACCGCACAAGGUCGGACUGAUCCAAAUCAAAACACAGGAAUAUCAAUCCAUAAUUGUCGUGUCAUGGCCGCCUCAGACCUAAAAGGGGCCACGGGGUCCGUUAAGACGUAUCUUGGCAGGCCAUGGAAGCAAUAUUCAAGGACCGUGUUUAUGAAAACAUUCCUUGAUGGUCUUGUGGAUACUGCGGGCUGGAUGCCAUGGAGUGGAAACUUCGCGUUAGACACGUUGUACUAUGGAGAGUACAUGAACACGGGCCCGGGUUCAUCAACCACAAAACGGGUUAACUGGAAGGGCUACCGUGUGAUCACUAGUGCCACUGAGGCUGCAAAGUUCACUGUUGGAAACUUUAUUGCCGGUGGUUCAUGGUUGCCAGCGACCAACAUACCCUUCACUUCUGGACUUUAA